CGCUUUACCUUUGGCUUUAUUUAGCUGUUCAUGGCGUCUGCUGGAGUGUUAGUGACAGGUCGCCUCCCCACAAACAGAUAGGCCGGCGGAUUUUACGGUUUGUUGUGUGUUGACUCGGCUUUUGGAGAGAGAGACACAAUGGAGGUGGAGAGUGUCAGUGUGCGGGAUGAGAGCAGUCUGACUCGGAUUAGGUUUGAUGCUGCUGUGAAAGUGAUCAAGACUUUACCCCCGGAUGGUCCCUUUCAGCCCUCCAAUGACAUGAUGCUCAAGUUCUACAGUUACUAUAAACAAGCCACUGUGGGUGCGUGCAAUAUUCCCCGACCUGGCUUCUGGGAUGCAGUUGGCAAAGCAAAAUGGGAUUCUUGGAAUUCACUUGGAGAUAUGUCAAAAGAAGAAGCAAUGGCCGCCUAUGUUGAUGAAAUGAAGCUGAUCUUGGAGGGCAUGCCCAUAACGGACGAGGUGGAGGAGCUGCUGCGUGUCCUCGGCCCGUUCUACGAGCUGGUGGAGGAGAAGACAAAGCUCACUCAGAUAUCAGACUUGAGCUCAGGCUUCGGUACAAUGAUGAAUUCAAUGCCGUCAAAGAGCAUCCCAAAGAGCGUCACUAAGAGCAUCAUCAGAACCAUGGAGAUGAACGGCACUCUGGAGACUCGGCCCGCCCGGCUCAAACCAAAGGAAGUGAGGGAAAGACCAGAGGAGAAACUGCAAGAGGAAGACGAGGAGGAUGAAGAGGAGGAAGAGGACGACGACGACGACGAGGAGGAGGACGAGGAAGAGGAAGAGGAAGUACCGAUAAAGGAAGUCAGAAAAGACAAGAAAUCAACAGCUUCACAGCCAAAGAAGAAAAGUUCAGCCAGGAGACACAAAGUGCCCCUCUCAAAUGGUAAAAUGGCUAACGGGGUCGCCCACCUGACCAACGGGGGUCACUCCAGGGCCGCACUGAACAGCAGCGACUCCCACGAGGGCUCAGCCUGUGAACCUCUGCUCAACGGCCACCACGCAGAUCCCAGCGUAGAUGCAUCAGGUCCUGCUCACCUUGCCAGUGACUCAGACAGCGAGGUCUAUUGUGAUUCUGUGGACCAGUUUGGCCAAGAGGAGAACUCAGAGCAUAACCGUUCUCUGGAUGAGCUGGACGAGGAGGAGAACCAGGCCCUGCCGCCUCUGGACCACGAGGCCCACGAGGAGGUGGAAGGUCCGCCUCAUGUUGUCAGGUGCGGAGGAGAAGACGGGGACGCCGGUGGGACGAUGACGCAGAGACAGAGACAGAGGCUGAGUGCGGACAUGAAAGAGGGAUCCUUGGUCAGACGAGGGAGAGGCUCUAGGUCUCCAGGCCGCGGCUCUGGACCCCUGGUGCCCAUGCACGGCAGCGGAGACGGUGACGGGGGCCACUGGGGAGGAGCGGUAACACCGGCGGGGAGCCUGAACGAGCAGAUAGUCGUAGCGUUGGCCAGACUGCAGGAAGACAUGCAGAGUGUUCUGGAGAGGCUGCAAACACUGGAAGCUCUCACUGCUACACAGGCAAGAUCAGUGUCUCUGUCUCCUACUUAUGCAGCUCCCCCUGUGACUAGGAAGAGUCGGAAACCAUCCUGGUGGCCUUUUGACAUUUCUCCAACCAGUUUGGCCUUCGCUGUGAUUUGGCCAUUUGUGGUACAGUGGCUUAUCCGCUUAUACCUGCAGAGGAGGAGAAGACGAAUCAACUGAAACCACUCAUCAAACACCUAAACACCCACGGGCAUAAAGAAGAGUCCUCUAAAUGUCUUUGGUUGCUAAUGGCUGUAACCCCCCCUCCCCCUCCCCCUCCCUCUCUCUCUCUCUCUGCGCUUAGACCCACAGCACAGUAAUUUGCUUUUGCACUAUGAAGAAGGCACCUAGAGUAACGAGUGAGAGGAAGAGAGCUCUCAAAGUGUGUGUGUGUGUGUGUGUGGUGUACGUGUGGUACUGUGGACGUGGAAUCAAAAAGGAAAAAUAUGAAUGUACGAGAAUUACACAACCUUUUUUUUAAAGAUGAUACCAUCCGACUGGGAAGUUUUAUCUCUGUAAGAACCGGUCUUCGUGUCGGGGAGGGGAAACGUAAGGUUGGGUUAUCGUCAGCCUCUUUGUAGACCAACUACAGUAGCUUCUCAAUGAUUUCCAUAAUAACUAAGGCUUUGUUGCACAAAAAAUGGGCCUGAUUCUUUUAUUGUUGUUUUUUUUUUUUGGAGCGUCAAGCUUGUUGUGGUUAUAAACUUUCACUUUCUUUAGUUGCCCAGGCGAUGCUGCUAAAAUAAAGAUGUUGUAAUAACUGUAGUUUAGAAGGAAGGAUUGAAUGUAAUUACAUAAAUAUAUAUAUGUGUAUAUAUAUAUAUAUUGUGUUCUUCUUUUUAAUUCUGAGAAUAAGUUAAUAUUUAUUGCUUUGUAGCAACAGUUAUAAUGAAGGCGUUUCUUGGCCUGAUUUCAGCUGUAUGUGAGGUUUAUGUUAAAGUGACUGUUUAAUGUUGUGUAUAAGUUUCACAUGUGUCCAUUGCCUGUCCUACUGCAUAUCAAUCUGUGCUUUUUUUCUUUUUUCUUUUUUCUUUUUUUUUGUCACAGUGGUUCAACUCAGCGGCCACUUUCAUUUUGGAAAUAGAAAAAACUGCCUCAACAUCAUCAUCAUCAUCAGAUACAUUUUUAUAUAUAGGUGGCAUUAUGGUUUUUCUUACGUUCACAUAUUGUAGCGUAACCGUUCCAGAUCGGGACCAAAAAAAAAUAAUCACGUAAAAAAAAAAUCACUAACUCACAAAUCAACGAGGUGGUGAGAAUUAAACCCAUCUGACAGUCACGGCUUCGGUUUCCGCUCAGCUGUCGGAUGAUUAACGCAUUAAACACUCGUCCCUCGUAUAUGUGUCGUUUACGCUGUCACAUUUUUCUAUGUUGUUUAAUUUUAACGUGUGAUGUAGUUGUAACAUGUUUGUGGAGCGGCUGUCUACCCGAGCGAUAGUGAUCAUGAAUCUGUUUUGCAAAGCAGUGCGAUCAAUACGAAAUUGUAUACAAUAGCUGUACAGUUGAGAUGAUUACAAUGCAAUAUUUUAAUUGCAUUUCCAUGUGUUUAAUAUAUAGAAUAUAUCAUAUUUACAAAAGGUUUGCAUCUGCAAUAGCACUAACCUUUCCAGAGCCAUUAUGUUUUAAUAAAAGAAUAAUAGUUUACCUUUCUACUGAAGUAUACUGUACUAAGGCUUUCUCACCCUCUCUGCCUGUGGAUAGAGUGGUGUUUGCAUGUGAUAAUCUAAGCCUCAAAUAAAAUUUUCAUAAAGCA